GAUUAUCCUCUUCAGAUAUUUUUAUUAAUCUUAAACAAGGUUGAUCAAUUGGACCUGAAAUAAAAGAAAUCUGAAUAUUGAAAGGAAUAGAACUUCUGUACUUUAUUUAGUCACAGCAAUUUGGAGUAUGAAGAGAAAAUAAAACUGCAAAUAUGGACAAACCCAAAAAUUCUAAAUAUGGCCAGAGGAUAGUUCCGAGGCAGCCGUGGCUUCCGGUAGUCGAUGAACGUGUGCAAAGUUUGGUGAAUAUCCAAGAGAUUAAAGAGAGCCAAGAGUACCCGCCACUGUUUGCUAAAAAAUCAUCGACUACAGGAGUACCAGAAAAAGAUACCCAAAUGUAUUUUAGACCUUCGGAGACUAUAGGAUCUGCCUACAGUCCUCAAGUACAAUAUCUGCGAUUGCAAGAUUUGCCAACGAAGAAGAAAUUAGUCAGAGGAAGUCCUUUGGGUGCAGAUGGAAGACUCCAGUAUCCACCAAAAAAAUCGCGAAAGGAAUUAAAGGAGGAACAGGAGAAGAGAGAUUUGGCGGUCAAAAGAAAAAAAGGUAUUAAAGUUCCGGGAAUAAUCGACGUGGAGUAUCUUCUUUCCGGACAAUGGUAUAAAGAUAAAUUGGCCGAGCUAGAGAAAAAAGAGAAAGAAAAGAAUAUGCGAAGGAAACUGAAUUUACUAAAAUGGGAAGGAUUUCCUGACGAAACAGGGAAAUUGGCUAAACUUCAAGCUAUAUUACCUAAAGAUCCAGAUGUACAAAAGGCUCAACUUUACAAAAUGGUAGAGAAGGAACAAUUACCUGUAAAGAAAAAUGAUAUGGAAAGAAUAGUGUAUUAUCUGGGUGAGGGAAUAGACCCAAAAGACAUACCACCAUAUAACCGAGAACUACUAGUUAGAGCUAAACGAAAAAUACCUGACAAAUAUCGAAGUGUUAAGGGUUACAAGAAUAUGAUUUCGGCGCACGAAUGUGAAGUUCAGCGCUGGUACUGCAUUUACAUGCGUUAUAAUAUGGUACAGUACGUAUUGAACGACCCGAAUGAGUGGAAGCGGCUACGCAUCGAGAGCUUUCCUAAACCUUACCCUGCACUGGUAGUCCGGGCACCUGUUCCAUGGCACAAUCAGUACUGUGUCAGUAAGCAAUAUAUGGAAAGACACUAUUUUCAAGGAAAUAUUGUCAUCCGUAAAAUUGGAGAACUUUGGUAUAACAAAUACCAAAGCAUAUACAUUUUACCAAUGGAUCAACUGGAGCUAGAGUCAGCUCCUUUUCCUUUGGUUCCUUCGGCUUUCGAAGAGCGAGUUGAUCUUCUUUGUAACGAGACACGGCGGAUACUCCUAGCAAAAUGGUUGCCAGAUUGCGCUGAUAUCUUCCUGGCAUUUAAAAAGGAUUGGAGGCAGUAUGUGCCUAAGAAAGUGGGAGGAUCCUGUAAAUUAGUCGAAAUGUUCUUUUAUUGCGUCAAUACGUUGCUAAGCAUGCAAUUAAGGUCUCUAGUGAUCAAGAGCUUAGAACAUUUUAGGGAUUUUAUUAUUAAUUUUAGUUGUGGUAAUGAUUAUGGUUCAGAAUAUGAAGAUCUCGCGUUGAUAAAAUUACCUGUAUUAAACAUUAAAGUACUACCAAAGAUAGGAACAACCGAUUUGACUCUAUCACCUUCACUUGACGGUGUGCAACACAUGUUAACAAAAUGUAUAAGAACGAUUUUGGAUGUUAAUAAAAACGUUGAUAGGAUUCAAAAUAUUAUGUUUGCAGAACUAGAACAAUCGGAAACAUAUUUAUCCGCUGUGGACGAGGAAGACGAGCUAGUGAAGGAACUGUUUAAAGAGAUUUCUUCCACAUUCGAGUCCAACCUUAUAGGACCACAAACCUAUUUGACGAUGUACGAACAAUACUACUAUAUUCUUAACGGCGAGGCAGAAAGAGAAUUGGCAGAAUUCUUUACAACCGAACCCUUUCCAUAUCUAAAAGACUUUGCAAGAAAAAUUUACAAGUACGAAGCUUUAAAAAACGAGAUUAUUGAUCUGAGGCGUUCAAUACCAUUGAACAUGAUUAAUUUAGAUUGUGGCCAACUAAACGAAACAUUGUAUCAAAUUAUUGAUGGUUUGAGAAGUAAAAUCGUAAAUUAUUUUAUUGAAGAGAAUCACGCACUUAAUAGGAAGAUCUGUAAUAUUUUCGAUGAAAUGUCUCAAAAAGUUAGCGUCUCACCCGAUACCAUAGCUGACUUAGUAGAGUUGCAGAAUUACGUUAUUGAAUGUAGGGACGUCACAAUGUACAACUUAAAGGAAGAAAUUCGUAAAACUGCCGAAAACGUUAGCUUUUUGAUGGAUCAUGCCCAUCUAACUCCCGAGGAUAUCAAUUUAAACUGCAGGGUGUUUUUGUGGCCUAAAGAUAUGGAAGCAGUCGUUGAAUUGGCUAUCCAACGUCUAAAUAUGAAACGAGAUCAGGCUGAAACAGCCUUGAAAAACAAGAGGAUUGCAUUCGAUUCUAAACUGAAACGUCACGAGAAGAUGUUGAAUGCUUUCAAGAAGAAAGAUCCACCUCUAUUGACAAUGGAAGAAAUGGAAGAAAAUGUUACGCAAGUCGAAUUAAUUGUAGCGAGAUUACAAGAAGACAAAGUGGAAGCAGAACAAAUUAAUGAAGAGGAACAACUACUUGACAUAGAUCCAUCUCCCUUCAUGAAUUUAGCUAAGAUGUUGACAGUGGUUGAUCCGUAUGAUAAGCUGUGGCAUUCUGUUCUGGAAUAUCAUCAAAAUUACGAUGCAUGGUAUUUUGGACCAUUUGCUGGGUUGGACGCUGACGAGAUCACUGAAUACAUCGAAAAUAUGUGGAGAGUCCUGUACAAACUUGCUAAAACGCUGAGCGAUAAUCCCGGUGCCAAACGAAUCGCUGAAAUGGUCAGGGCAAAAGUAGAGAAAUUCAGACAGUUCCUUCCCGUGCUACAAACCGUUUGUAAUAAGGGACUUCAACAGCGUCAUUGGGAUAGGAUCAGCGAGAUAGUAGGAACCACUUUGGUUAUUACUCCCGACUCAACACUAAACGACAUGAUCGAAGCUGGUUUGCCUAAAUAUUCCCAGCAGUUAGAAGAGGUCAGUGCCUCCGCUACCAAAGAAUACACUUUGGAGAAGAAUCUAGCAAAGAUGAAAGAGGAAUGGGUUGAUAUUGUGUUCGAAUGUGUUCCAUAUAGAGAGACAGGGGUAAAUGUCCUCUCAGCCGUAGACGACAUACAAGUCAUGAUGGACGAUCAUAUCCUAAAAGCACAAACUAUGAGAGGAUCGCCAUACGUUAAAGCAUUUGAAGCUGAGAUGCAAGCAUGGGAGGAAAAACUUAUUUCUAUGCAAGACAUUUUAGAACAGUGGUUGAUGUGUCAAGCCACGUGGAUGUAUUUGGAGCCUAUAUUUAGCUCUGAAGACAUUAUGCGUCAGAUGCCGACAGAAGCAAGGCACUUCAAAACGGUGGAUAGGGUAUGGAGGGCUAUCCAGACGCACACUAUGAAAGAUACUCAUGUAUUAGCGGCAACGGAUUAUAAGAAUAUGCUAACCUUGCUUAAAGAGAACAAUAAAUUGCUGGACGAAAUUCAAAAGGGACUGAAUGAUUACCUAGAAAAGAAACGGCUAUUUUUCCCAAGAUUCUUCUUCUUAUCUAACGACGAACUUCUGGAAAUAUUGUCCGAGACUAAAGAUCCUUUGCGCGUACAACCUCACAUGAAAAAAUGCUUCGAAGGCAUAUACUCCUUGGACUUUACUAAGGAUGAAGAGGUAGUUGGUAUGGUUAGUGCUGAGAAGGAAAAGGUCGUACUAAGUACCAAAAUCAUACCAGCAGAUGCUAAGGGCAUGGUCGAGAAAUGGUUGAUACUAGUAGAAGCAAUUAUGAUUCAGUCACUAAAAGAUAUUACUAAAAGAGCUAUAGAAAACUAUCCAUCCAUAGAGAGACCUACAUGGAUUUUAGCGUGGCCUGGUCAAAUCGUGCAGUGUGUAGAUUGCAUCGAGUGGACUAGCGAGGUAACCAAUGCAAUAUUCAGUGGGAAUUUAGCAGAACAAGAAGAACUUUGUACUGAACAAAUCGAGCAGUGCGUCAAAAUGGUACAAGGAACUUUGAAACCGAACAAUCAAGUUACGGUAGAAGCUUUAAUUGUGAUUGAUGUUCACUGUCGAGAUAUUGUUACUAAGUUAAAGGAGCUUAAUGUAACUUCCGUAGCUGAUUUUAAUUGGAUAUCUCAAAUUCGUUACUAUUGGCGAACUGAUAUGGUGGCCGUCUCUAUGAUAACUACCGAGGUAGCUUAUGGAUUUGAAUAUUUGGGAAAUACAGGAAGAUUGGUGGCAACUCCGCUUACUGAUAGAUGUUACAGGACUUUAAUGGGUGCCUUGAAACUUAAUCUCGGUGGCGCACCAGAAGGCCCAGCUGGUACAGGAAAAACAGAAACUUGCAAAGACUUGGCUAAAGCAGUGGCAAAGAAAUGUGUUGUAUUCAAUUGUUCUGAUGGACUAGAUUAUAAAGCACUAGGAAAGUUCUUUAAGGGAUUAGCUCAAGCAGGAGCCUGGGCUUGUUUUGACGAGUUUAACAGAAUCGAACUAGAAGUGUUGUCAGUGGUUGCUCAGCAAAUUUUAAGUAUCCAAAUGGCAGUAGCUGCGAAAUUGACCAAGUUUGUAUUUGAGGGUACGGAAAUAACGUUGGAUCAUACUUGUACGGUCUUUAUCACCAUGAAUCCUGGAUACGCUGGAAGACAAGAACUUCCAGACAAUUUGAAAGUCCUGUUUAGAACAGUGGCUAUGAUGGUUCCUGAUUAUGCGAUGAUUGGGGCAAUUUCUCUGUAUUCAUAUGGAUUUGUGCAAGCACAGAGCUUAUCAGAAAAGAUCGUUCACACUUACAAAUUGUGUUCGGAACAACUAUCAUCGCAGAAUCAUUAUGAUUACGGAAUGAGAGCUGUCAAAUCCGUUUUACUGGCAGCGGGAGCUUUGAGAAGACAAUAUCCGAAAACGGAAGAGGCACAAUUGGUUCUUCGAGCAAUUAUUGAUGUUAAUUUACCGAAAUUUUUAGCUCAGGAUGUACCAUUGUUUAUUGGCAUAUAUCAAGAUCUGUUUCCUAAUAUCGAGGUGCCGAGUUUUGAAAGGUCGGAAUUGAUAGAAUGUCUUUUGGAUCAUAUAAAAUCAAAAAAUUUGCAACCGACUCCCUGGUUCGUUGAAAAGUGCAUGCAAAUUUAUGAAAUGAUUCUGGUACGGCAUGGGUUGAUGAUUGUGGGUAAACCGAUGGGUGGGAAAACGUCCGCUUAUCAGUCUUUAGCUGAAGCUCUAGGACGCCUUGCUUGUCGAGAAAAUGCCAAACUGGAGGAACAUGCCGUCAUUUUUAGAAUUAUCAACCCAAAGGCCAUCUCAAUGGGACAGCUUUAUGGCCAGUUUGACCCCGCAUCUCACGAGUGGUCGGAUGGAGUUUUAGCUACAACAUUUAGGGAGUUUGCUAAUAGUUAUACUCUGGACCGUAAAUGGAUAUUAUUUGAUGGUCCUGUUGACGCCGUAUGGAUAGAGAACAUGAAUACUGUUUUAGAUGAUAAUAAGAAACUUUGUCUGAUGUCAGGUGAAAUUAUACAAAUGACACCUCAGAUGAAUAUGAUCUUUGAGCCAGCCGACUUGGAACAGGCGUCUCCAGCUACGGUAUCCCGUUGCGGUAUGAUUUACAUGGAGCCAGCUUUGCUAGGCUGGAGACCGCUAAUGGACUCGUAUAUGGCCGUAUUGGAAAAAGUGUUGUUGGUAGAACAAAUUGAGAUUUUGGUUGAAUGCCUCGAAUGGCUGGUCCCGCCUUGCUUGGAGCACAUAAACGAGGACUGUAAGAAGUUUGUGGAAACGUCGGAUAUCCAUUUAUUUUUUUCUUUUACAAGAAUCUUUAACUGUCUGCUAAUCGAAGAAAAUCAAGUGAGUACAGUUUGGCUUCAGUGCGUUUUCCUGUUCAGUCUAGCAUGGGGUUUGGGUUCUACGCUCACCCAAGACAGCAGAAAAUCUUUUGACGUGUUUUUCCGAAAACUGCUUAUCGGAGAAAACAAGAGCUAUCCAAAACCAAAAUCCUAUAAACUUUCAAAAAAUCAAAUAUUUCCGGAUAGAUUUGAUCUAUUCGAAUAUUUGUAUGACAAGAAAAAUAACGGUAGCUGGAUAGCUUGGGGAGAUACGGUCGACAAAACUCAGCAGAUUGCUCCUAAUGCUAAGCCUUCAGAACUUAUAAUACACACAAAUGCUUCUUGCUGCCAGAGAUACUUCCUUAAAAUGUGUCUCGCUAAUAAUAUGCCUAUACUCUUUGUUGGACCCACUGGGACUGGUAAAACAGCUGUUACUUUAGGACAUUUACUAAGCCUACCUAAAGAAAAAGUACUUCCAAAUGUAAUGAAUUUUAGUGCUAGAACGACAUCUGCAAUGACCCAAGAAAUGGUAAUGUCAAAAUUAGAUAAGCGCAGAAGAGGAGUGUUUGGACCUUCUAUGGGAAAGAAGUGUAUAUUGUUUGUAGAUGAUGUUGGUAUGCCACAGAAAGAAGUCUGGGGAGCACAGCCGCCAGUAGAGUUAUUAAGACAAUGGCUAGAUCAUGGCCAUUGGUUUGCAAAAGAUACAUCGAUACUGCAGUUGGUGGAUGUGUUGUUUGUUGGAGCUAUGGGUGUACCAGGAGGAGGUAGAAACGAAAUAACCGAUAGAUUUCUGCGACACAUGCAAAUUAUCAGUAUAGACGCCUUUGAUGAUGGCACACUGAGCAAAAUAUUUACUGCGAUAAUCGAGUGGCACUUUAACAAAGGAUAUGUAGAAGUUGUACAGAGAAUGGCAAAGUUUUCAGUAGGAGCAACAACAGAAGUUUUUCGUGAAGCAACAUUGAACUUUUUACCAACUCCCGCAAAGUCACAUUAUACGUUUUCCUUACGCGACUUUUCAAGGGUAAUAAAUGGAUUAUUAGUUACCCCACCAUCUAAAAUGGACGAUCAGGAUAAAUUUAUUAGGUUAUGGAUACAUGAAACUUACAGAGUAUUUCAUGAUCGAUUAAUUGAUGAUGCAGACAGGACCACUCUAUUUCAUGUCGUCAAAAAAGCCUGUUAUCAAGGUUUCCGUCAGCCAAUGGAUAAAGUUUGUUCUCCUUUAGUCCCGGAAGAUGAAUUACUUGGGCCUCAACAUAUCCGGAAUUUAUUUUUUGGUAAUUAUAUCGAACCUGAUGCCGAGCCAAAAAUUUAUGAUGAAAUUAAUGAUAUGGAUUUGUUGAUUGAAAAAAUGGAGUACUACUUAAGCGAAUACAAUAUGAUUUCAAAGUCACCUAUGAAUUUGGUCAUGUUUCAAUUUGCUAUAGAACACGUGUCCCGUGUUUCAAGAGUAUUAAGUCAACCGAAUGGCAAUGUUUUAUUGGUUGGUAUUGGAGGUUCUGGGCGUCACAGUUCUGUCAAAUUGGCUAGUGCCAUGUCAGAGUAUACAGUGUUUGAGAUUGAAAUAUCACGAAAUUACUCAGUAACAGAAUGGCGAGACGAUAUAAAACAACUACUUUGGAAGGCUGGAUGUGAGGGCAAACCAAUUGUUUUUCUGUUUGCUGACACUCAAGUUGCUGACGAAUCUUUUGUUGAAGAUAUUAGCACUGUUUUAAAUACUGCCGAUGUGCCUAACUUAUAUGCUCCUGAUGAAAAAGCAGAUAUUUUAGAAAAAAUGCAAACCGCCUCUCGAGAGACGGGCAAAAAGGUAGAACCAACUCCAUUGGCACUUUACAACUUUUUCAUUGAACGAGUUAAACAGAAUCUGCAUAUAGCACUCUGCUUUAGUCCAAUCGGUGAUGCGUUUAGAAUGCGCUGUAGAAUGUUUCCAUCUCUUAUAAACUGUUGUACCAUCGAUUGGUUUCAAAAUUGGCCAGACGAUGCCUUGGAACGUGUAGCUACUAUGUUUCUUUCGCAAACCCACAUUGAAAAAGAGAUGACAGACAAAUGCGUCUCAAUGUGUAAGGAAUUUCACGUUAGUGUACAAAACACCGCCGUGAAAUUUUUCCGAGAACAGAAACGAAGAACUUAUAUAACUCCGACUUCAUAUUUGGAAUUAAUACAGACGUUCAUUAACUUGUUCGCUAAGAAAGUAGAUCAAAUUAAGCUACAAAUAAAUCGAUACGAAACGGGUUUAGAAAAAUUAGGAUUUGCUGCCGGUCAAGUGGGUUUGAUGCAAGAUGAGUUGCAUGCUUUGCAGCCCAAGUUAAUCGUGGCAUCUGCAAAAACUGAAAAGCUAAUGAUCAAAAUUGAACAAGAUACUGUGGUUGUAGAAAAGCAGAAGGAGGUGGUGGCAGCUGAUGAAGCUUUAGCUAAUGAAGCAGCUGCAGCAGCUCAAGCUAUUAAGGAUGAUUGCGAAUCUGACUUGUCCGAAGCUAUACCUGCCCUAGAAGCGGCUGUAGCAGCUCUAGACACCCUAAAACCUCAAGAUAUUACUUUAGUUAAAUCUAUGAAAAAUCCACCUUUUGGUGUGAAAUUGGUUAUGGAGGCGAUAUGUAUAAUGAGACAAGUUAAACCUGAACGAAAACCGGAUCUUACGACAGGACGUAUGGUUGAGGAUUUUUGGGGACCGUCCGUUAAGCUUCUUGGGGAUAUGAAAUUUCUCGACCAUUUAAAGGCUUACGAUAAAGACAAUAUUCCAGUACCUGUAAUGAAGAAAAUCAGAGAAAGAUAUAUGCCAGAUAGAGAAUUUGAUCCUGAACGUGUUAAAUCUGUAUCAACGGCUUGCGAGGGAAUGUGCAAGUGGGUACGAGCUAUGGAAGUUUAUGAUAGAGUAAUCAAAAUCGUGGCCCCCAAAAAGGCAAAGUUAGCUGAAGCCGAAGCCGAGUUAGCUCUACAAAUGGACACUCUUAACGAGAAAAGGGCCCAACUUCAAGAAGUGUCAGAUAAAUUACAAGCAUUGAACGAUGAAUUUGCUGCCGAGACUAAGAAGAAAAAAGAGCUGGAAGAUCAAAUAUUUAUUUGUUCACAAAAAUUGGACAGAGCAGAAAAACUGAUCGAGAGUCUUGGCGGAGAGAAAGCCCGAUGGUCAGAGACUGCCCGCUCACUGGGUAGUCUACUGGAUAACGUUAUAGGAGAUGUAUUGUUAUCAUCUGGCAGUAUUGCUUAUUUAGGCCCAUUCACUGUGGAUUACAGGAAAGAUCUAAUAAAAGGAUGGAAUAAGUUAUGUCUGGACUUAGGAAUCCCUUGUUCAGAAAAUUUUUCUUUGGUUACAACUAUGGGUGAACCUGUAGUCAUACGGUCAUGGAACAUUGCCGGUUUACCAGUUGAUAACUAUAGUGUUGAAAAUGGUAUUAUCGCAACUACAGCUAGAAGAUAUCCACUUAUGAUAGAUCCUCAAGGUCAAGCAAAUAAAUGGGUAAAGAAUAUGGAAAAGAACAACAGACUCCAUGUAAUUAAGUUAACAGACACAAAUUACGUUCGAAUUUUAGAAAACGCCAUUACUUUUGGAACUCCUGUUCUAUUAGAAAAUAUAAAUCAAGAAUUAGAUGCUGUUUUAGACCCAAUUUUGGCUAAAAACAUAUUUAAACAGCAGGGAGUUUGGUAUCUGAAAUUAUCCGAUAACGUAUUGGAAUACUCUUUCGAUUUCCGAUUUUUUAUAACAACACGUCUAAGAAAUCCGCAUUAUUUACCGGAAAUCGCCGUCAAAGUGAGUCUGUUAAAUUUUAUGAUCACCCCUCAAGGACUCCAAGAUCAGCUAUUGGGUAUCGUGGUGGCGAGGGAAAAGCCAGACUUGGAAGAAAAGAAAAACGAAAUGAUAGUGGAGAGUGCUAAUAACAAAAAAAUGUUGAAAGAAAUUGAAGAUAAAAUUCUAGAAGUGCUUUCUACAUCGGAGGGAAAUAUUUUAGAAGACGAAACUGCGAUCAAAAUUUUGUCUUCGAGUAAACUCCUGUCUGCUGAUAUUGAAGAGAAACAAAAACUAGCAGCCGUAACGGAACAAGAAAUUGAUUAUGCCAGAAAUCAAUAUGUGCCAGUCUCCAAACACUCCUCAAUUUUAUUCUUUUGUAUAUCGGAUUUGGCAAACAUCGAUCCCAUGUACCAAUAUUCUCUAGUAUGGUUCAUUAACUUGUACAAUCAGGCUAUUACCCAUAGUCCUAAGUCUAGUGUUUUAGAAGAGCGAUUAGGAUACUUGAAUAAUUAUUUUACAAACAGUAUCUACAGAAAUGUUUGCCGAUCGCUGUUUGAAAAAGAUAAAUUAAUUUUCUCAUUUGUGCUUACCGUUGGUAUUUUACGCUCGCACAACGAAAUAGACGAGGAAAUGUGGAAUUUUCUAAUUACAGGUGGCAUAGCGUUGGAUAAUCCUUAUGCGAAUCCAGCCCCAGACUGGCUUUCAGACAAAAGUUGGUCAGAAAUAGUGAGAUCUAGUAACCUCAAAGGAUUAGAAAAAUUUAGGAAUUCAGUGAAAACAAAUUUAAGGAAAUGGAAAGAUUUUUAUGAUUAUACACAACCCAAUGAAAUACCAUGUCCGCCACCUUUCGAUGAAGUGAGGGGAUUACAGAGGCUCGUCAUUUUGAGAUGUAUUAGACCAGACAAGAUGGUACCAGCGGUUCAGCAAUAUAUCGUGGAAGAAAUGGGCCAAGCUUAUUUGGAGCCACCGCAAUUUAAUCUCGAUGAGUCUUAUAACGACAGUAACUGUUGUUCACCACUGAUUUUUAUAUUAUCACCUGGAUCUGAUCCAAUGGCUUGUCUCAUAAAAUUCGCCAGUGAUAUGGGUAUUAGUAAAACAAGUUUGAUGACAAUAUCUUUAGGCCAAGGACAGGGACCUAUUGCAUCAAACAUGAUUGCUACAGGUAUGCAAACUGGACAAUGGGCCGUUUUACAAAACUGUCAUUUGGCCGCUAGUUGGAUGCGAGAAUUAGACCGCAUAUGCGAUGAAGUCAUUGUUCCCGAAGUAACAAACACAAACUUUAGAUUAUGGUUGACCAGUUAUCCUAGUAAAGAUUUCCCCGUCGCGAUAUUGCAAAACGGCGUAAAAAUGACCAACGAGGCUCCCAAAGGUCUUAGGCAAAAUCUUUUAAGAUCUUACAUGUCUGAUCCAAUCUCCAAUCAAGAAUUCUAUUCGUCUUGUUCCAAUUAUAAAUCAUUCCAAUGUUUACUCUUUGGCCUGUGCUUUUUCCAUGCAUUGGUGCAAGAAAGAAGAAAGUUUGGUCCAUUAGGAUGGAAUAUUCCAUACGAGUUUAAUGAAUCCGACUUGCGAAUAAGCGUUAUACAGUUGCAGAUGUUUUUGACAGAUUAUGUAGACGUGCCUUAUGAUGCGCUAACUUAUUUGACUGGAGAAUGUAAUUAUGGAGGUAGAGUUACAGAUGACAAAGAUAGGAGACUGCUGAAUGCCAUUUUAUCUACGUUUUAUACCCCUGAGACCGUCAAAACACAGCUGUAUUCAUUUUCUCCCAGUGGUAUAUAUUAUGUACCAAGAGAUACUACUUAUGAAGGUCUCAUUUAUUACAUAAAAUCGUUACCGAUAAUACCCCAACCAGAAGUUUAUGGACUGCACGAAAACGCCGAUAUCACAAAAGACAACCAAGAAACGCAAAUAUUGUUUUUUGGUGUUUUAUUAACUCAAUCCCAAUUCACAGCUGGCACUGGUGGAGACGACAGUCAAGAAAUGGUUAUCGAUUUAGCAAAUGAUAUCUUAAAUAAAAUGCCUGACGUUUAUAAUGUAGAGGCUGUAAGCAAGAAAUAUCCCGUAAUGUAUGAAAAUUCAAUGAAUACAGUUUUGAGGCAGGAAUUAAUCAGGUUUAAUAAACUAAUAGCAGUGAUCACAAGAACCCUUCAAGAAAUGAUAAAAGCAGUGAGAGGACUUGUAGUAAUGUCAUCAGAAUUGGAGGAAACUUGCAGCUCUCUAAUGGUAGGAAAAGUGCCAUCAUCAUGGGCUGGAAAAAGCUACCCAAGCUUGAAACCUCUUGGAUCUUAUAUUACUGAUUUAAUAACGAGAUUAAAAUUCCUCCAAGACUGGAUCGAUGUUGGAGUUCCAAAUGUGUUUUGGAUAUCGGGUUUCUAUUUUACACAAUCAUUUUUAACGGGUGUGCUACAAAAUUAUGCAAGGCAACAGAAACUACCAAUUGACUGGAUACAUUUCGAAUUCAUUGUUACGAAAUACGAACAAGAUACAAAAUUUUCUCCGAAAGUAGGCGUCUAUUGUAAGCAAGUAAAAGAAAUUCAGGAAUUCAGUAUUUUGAUAGAUGGUCUAUUUCUGGAAGGCUCCAGGUGGGAUCGUAAGACUGAAGUGCUAGCCGAAUCUUUCCCGAAAAUGCUGUUCGAUGCUGUACCUAUAAUGUGGUUGAAACCUGCAAAAACGUCGCUCUACAAUCCACCACCAUGCUAUAAUUGCCCAGUUUACAAAACUAGUGCCAGAAGAGGUGUUCUGUCGACGACAGGACAUUCCACAAAUUUUGUAAUGUACACGACCUUUAACAGCAAUUUGCCGGAAAAACACUGGAUUAUAAGGGGCGUAGCGUGCUUAUGCCAAUUAGAUGAUUAAGUUAUAUUAUACGUGUUUAUAUAUUUAUUUCUUAAUAAAACAAAAAAAUAAUGAAU